CCAGAUGCUUAGUUAUGUCAACGAAUCGUUUCACUGUUUAACUGAACCUUGGGUUUAAAAUAUCGUAUGCGCAAACUUGGUCAACCUAAAAGUUUACUUGGAAGAAAAGGCUGUGCACAGAGUUGGACAGCUAUGGAUUGCUUUUCCAGUCUCACAUAUUUAGCACCCAAUUUAAACAAGAUGGAAAGAUUUGACUAUAAACUAUAGCAAUGCAGAAGACUUUUGAGAUGCAGGACGCGCGCACCGAGUACGCAUCUGGAAGUAUCCUGUAUAACGCGAGCUUUAUAGUUAACAAGACCAAUCUAUCGUGGAGUGACUUCCAGGAUCUCGCCGAUUUGGAUAAAACCGAUUUCGUUGGAGACGGGUCUGCGGUGCUGAGGAUAAUCAUCUCCAUCAUUUACUCGGUGGUGUGCGCGCUGGGUUUAAUCGGAAACAUCCUCGUGCUGUAUCUUAUGAAGUCCAAGCAAGCGUGGAAGAAGUCGUCUAUUAAUCUCUUCGUGACCAGUCUGGCAGUCACCGACUUUCAGUUUGUUUUGACACUUCCGUUCUGGGCUGUGGAAAACGCAAUGGAUUUUACGUGGCUCUUUGGGAAAGCAAUGUGUAAGAUAGUUUCGUAUGUCACGGCCACGAACAUGUACGCCAGCGUGUUUUUCCUUACGGCAAUGAGCGUGGCGCGAUACUGCUCCGUGGCAUCAGCGCUGAAAAGCAGAAGGCGCCGGGUGCAUGUAUCCGCGCGCUGGAUGAGCGUCGUCAUUUGGAUAGCCGCGAUCGGCGCCGCGCUACCAAACGCGAUCUUUUCAACGACCGCCACGGUGUCCAACGAGCAACUGUGCCUCGUGAAGUUUCCCGAUCGGAGCGGAGACGCGCAGUUUUGGCUGGGUUUAUAUCACGCGCAAAAAGUACUUCUGGGAUUUCUUAUUCCCCUCGGAAUAAUAACGAUCUGCUACCUGCUGCUUUUACGCUUCAUAACCAACAAAAACGUGAAUACUUCCAGCGCAAAGAGGCGAUCCAAAGUGACCAAAUCCGUGACUAUUGUCGUUUUGUCCUUUUUCCUCUGCUGGUUGCCCAAUCAGGCGUUAACCGCUUGGGGAAUCUUAAUAAAACUCAACGUGGUUCACUUUACUUACGAGUAUUACGCCACGCAGGUGUAUGUUUUCCCGGUGACUGUGUGUUUGGCGCACUCAAACAGCUGUCUCAAUCCCAUCCUGUACUGUUUGAUGAGGAGGGAGUUCAGAAAGGCUUUAAAGAAACUGUUUUGGCAGAUAACAUCGCCUUCAGUGACGAACAUGAGACCGUUUACCGCCACUACCAAGCCCGAGCAGGAGGAUCGGGGUCCGGCACUCGUUCCGCUCGUUCCUGCGGAGCCCGCGCUUAUUUUCUAUCCUCCGGGGGUCGUCAUGUAUAACAGCAGGAAUGACCUUCUGCCUAACAGCACAUAAAUGCACUAUAUACCCUUUUACGGGACUAAAAAUUGCACAAAACUUCUUUGUAGCGAGAAAGGUUCUUCAGACUAUAAAAACGGUAUAAUGGUUAUUUAAGGAACCUUUGACUUGAAAGGGUCUAGAAAACAACAAUAGUUCUGCUAUGGAAUGGUUCUCCUAUAGAUGGCUGCAAACAGCCCUAAUUUUUAAGAUUGUAGGGGCAAAACAAUCAUUAUAAUACUUUUGGGAAUAUGUGCAUCUGUACCCAUAUUUUACCAUCCAGGAAUAUCUCAGUGUUAAUGUCUCACAACAGAGGUCUUUUAACUUUUAUCCAAGGGACCCCUUAUAGAGAAGGAGAUGCAUGGGACCACCUGGUACAUAUUGUAAAAAAUUAUAAGUAUGGCUU